GGGGUGAAACGCAGCGCGCCAUCAUGAGAGUCUACAGUCGUGUGACUCUGGAGGAUGGCGCGCGGCCCGCGGUGUCUUUCUCUCCGCCUGAUCCUGCUGCUCAGCUGCGUGAGGGUCCACAGCACGGCCAUGGAGACCGUCAACAUGGUGGACUUCUGCGGUCAGACCAUCCGGGGAGACGGCAUGAUCGUCAACUCGCACCAGGAGUCCAAGAAGUUCUACUUCGUGUCCACGGGCACGGACUGCCACCUGACCAUGCAGGCGCGCUCGCCCCUGGACAAGGUCCAGUUCUACUUCCGCUUCUUCCUGGUCUACAGCUUGCUGCGCGUGGCGCCGCUGAGUCCCGCCCCGGUCUUCCAGGGCUCGCUUCACGGCUCGGCCUCUCUGAAGCCCGGGCUGGGCUCCGUCUCCGGGAGGGACCUGAGGGACCCCUGUCACUCGGGCUCUUACGUGCAGUUCUACGACGGCCCCGACAAGAGCUCCCCGGCCCUGGGCCACGCGCUGUGUGGCAAGAGCCCGCCGCGACUGGUGCUGUCCACCGGGAACUACUUGACUCUGAGGCUGGUGACCAGGGGGACUCAGCCCAGAGUGGACUUCGUGGGGGACUUCACCUCCUUCAGGCUCGGAUUCAACCAUUCCGAAUGCACCCGCGAGCCCUACUUCACCUGCGGCAACGGGAAGUGCAUCCCGCUCAGCCUGGUGUGUGACGACAAAGGCAUCGACAACUGUGGGGAUGGGAGCGACCUGGAGGAAAACCUCAGCUCGGGGUGCCAAGCAGGUCACCAUCUGCUUCCGGAACGCCUGCUGGCGACCCCGUCCCCGGCCGCGGUCAGUGUCCCCUCCGCAGAGCGGACGGCCACUCGUUCCUACUGCAGAGUGCCAGCCAGCGCCCCCAGUGAGCAGUCGCUGAGCGACCCUCGGGCAUCCUGGACCUUGUUGCUGGUCUCCGUCGGCCUGGCUGUGGCGGCGGGCGCGUUGGUGCUCUACUGGUGCUGCUGGUCGCCGGGCUGGCUUCUGUGGCGCCUCAGCGUCUGCCGCUUCUCACCCUGGUGUAACUUGCUCUGCUCCUCCUGCCAGCUCUGCUCCCACAGCAGCGAGCACCGGCCGGCGAAAGUCAGCCCGCAGCCGCCCGUCGCCAUGGAGGCGGCCGACAACCACGUCAGCAGUCAUCCUCUUUAGAGGGAGGCGAGGACGCCACCUGCAUCCAGGACGCACCAGUGCAGGCAGCAGCUCAGGAAUGGUUUCACCACAGCCCACCUGCUCAUCAGCGCCACCCACAGGUCAGCCCUUCUGACUGGGUCUCACCUCACGGUCUCAGUGCUCUCGAUGAGCAGUUGAAGUCAAUGGGCGCCAGUGUCUUUAGACGGGACCAAGAAAAGGGAACAUUCUGGUCCGAUCCAGCAGAAAUAUCCGCCCGGACCCUGACCAGAAUCCCAGUCCAGCAGCCUGGUGCCAGAGGGACGCUGCAGGCUGGCAGCCAGGAGGGGGCGUGUCUGCCAUGGAGGACACCGUUGGUGCACGGUCCUCAAUGCCAAACUCAACUCAUGUCAUUGUGCUUUGUGUGAAAAUAAAGUCGGACUAUUUAAGAGCGCGCUGGUGUCCCGCCUCUGGCUUCAGCCACCGCUGCCUUGCAUCUCACUGAGGCCGCCUGCAGAGGGCGCCCUGCCGGCCAGGUCGGUCCUCACCUGAACCUCCUCUCCUCCAUCCUUCUGUCUGACUGCUGAGCCGUG